AUGCUCGACGAACGAGAACUGGCCAUCAGCCCUAUUGUGCAAUCAAGCGUGCAGCAUAACGCGCAGACCAUCUCAAACAUUCGCAACCUCACCGCGUCCCUCUUCGGCGUCGCCGCCGGCACCCUCGGGUUAGAGUCCUACCCCGGCUUCAUCUUCUACCUGGCCGCGUCGCUACUGGUGUCAGUUCUGAUAUUCGCCUUCCGGGCUGAGGGAAAGGCUUCCGAGUACUUCCAUAGCCCGCUCGGGGAUCUGUGGCUGGGUGAGGUGUUUAGUGGGAUGAGUGGGUUUGUGUUGACGUGGACGUUGUUUUAUGGGCUAGUGAGGGCGUGA